AAGAUAACUUACUUCUGUUCGCUGUUCGCGGUAGCACGGCUCUUUUCGGGGACAAAGACAGAAGCUGUACCUGGGACUGGACGGUGAGAGAUGUGACUGGCUGUCAGUGAGCUGUCGGUGUCCGUCCACAGCCACAGCCAGCAAGCUUUGUAAAUGGGAAAAGAGAGGAGAAGGGGAGCUUAGUAAGCACUACUCCGGGGUUUCACCGCACAGACAAACCGGCGCGUGGAGAAUAUACUGGAGCAUCUGAGAAGUUCACGGCUCUUUCUGUAACAUCUGACUUUUCUGUACUUUAGCUGAAUGCGAGGGAAGCUAUCAGCCGCCGCUGUUUCAUCAACUAUCCCCCCCAACGAGUUCCCUGUCCUCGGUUGUAAGGUUGCUAUGGUGAACAGCAGGGUGGAGGCGCCCACAGUGGCAGUGAUGGGCGGUGGCGGGGGGACAGGGGGCAGGUUGUGCGCAGGAUGUGGAGGUCGAAUCGCGGACCGCUUCCUGCUCUUCUCCAUGGAGCGGUACUGGCACACGCGAUGCCUCAAGUGCUCCUGCUGCCAUGCUCAGCUGGGCGAGUACAGCAGCACCUGCUACAGCAAAGGAGGCAUGAUCCUGUGUAAGAACGACUACAUCAGGCUGUUUGGACACAGUGGAGCCUGCAGUGCUUGUGGACAGUCUAUACCUGCAAGUGAGAUGGUGAUGCGAGCGCAAGGCAACGUUUACCACCUUAAGUGUUUUACCUGUGCGACCUGCAGGAACCGCCUAGUCCCUGGGGACCGCUUUCACUACAUCAAUGGGACUAUCUUCUGUGAACAUGACCGGCCGGGAGGGGGUCUGCUCAGUGGACAUCCAACUCCACUGCAGACCAGCACCAUGAUGUCUGACCAGAAGGUCUGUUGAGGAAGAGGAGGAAAAAAACCAAAUGUGUGCCUUCUCCCCCUCCCCCUGUCUCUCCGUCACCAUCCUCCUCUACCUGUAAAUCCCACCGGUGGUUGACUACCCUCCAGUCUGAUGGACCGUCACUUCCCAGUCUGGAUACAGUCAGUACUGCUACAGUACUCAUUUCAAUUUCAACAUCCCGACAGAAACUGGCUUCUCUUUGUGGACUGAGGAGGGAAAUCUGGGCAUGGACAGUACUCUGAUGGAGGGACGAGGAUGCUGAGGAUGGUUGGAAUUAUAUUCAUACAGUAGACUGUUGUGUCUGUUGUGAACUGUGGCAAUGUCAUUGGUAGAAACCGGCAUGGCUAAAAGGGAAAAAAAUGGAAGACUGCCAUGGAAUUAUAUCAUUUGUGGGAUUCUGUGACAGAAUCAUCCACUACCCACCCUAGCCAGAUAAAGUUUACAUUGACUACAGAGGAAGCACUGAAAGCAAUUUGAUUUCCUGCAGGAGGUGAAUAUAUAUCUCCAAAACAGCGCAGACCACACACAUAGUUUGACCAUUUUUGUUUUGGUCUGAGAAAAAAAAAAAAGGAUGGCUCUAUGGUGGUGAUGUCAGCUACUGGAUCCUCCCACACUCCGAGAGACAGGUUAAGAAGAAAACAACUAUAUGGAAACAUACAAUAUUUCUCUGUGUAUUUAACAAACAUGUUAGUCUCUGGAUUGGUUUUUACCACAUUGGGUUGUGGGAAGUGGUAACGUUCCCACAUCAGGCAUACUGUACGCUGGCUUGUAUUCUCCACACUCCAUUUUUGUACUAAACUGUUCUAGCCCAUUAACUACAAAUUGUGUACACCAUGAAUUCUCAACUAAUGGCUUCAUUUACCUCAACGAGAGAGAACUAUGCCUUCAUUAGACAAAGGCUUUUUAUUUUAAAUGUCCGCUGAUUCCCAGUUUAAAGAAACGCAACUGUCUUUCUCCUUUUAUCUUAAAUUCAAUAUUAUGUCCGUUUCCACGGCACACGUGUCGUUAGUACAGCAGGGGUCAGGUGUUCCACUUUGUGUUCCACUUUGCUUUUUUCCUCCCCGGUUUAUGUUAAACUACCAUGAAUGAAAUUUAACAUAUCGUCUAGAACAUAUACAUAAAA